AUGCUCUUCGCUGCCGUACUCUCUUCGGCACUGUUCGGAUUGAGCCAUGCGUCCGAUAUUGGGUACCAUCGCUCUCGAGAUAUUCAGACACAAGUCGUACUGGAUCAGGGUUUCUUCAAUGGGGGAUCGGCUGGUUUGACGAAGUUUUGGUUAGGCAUCCCAUAUGCCAAACCACCUACUGGAGCCUUGCGUUACCGGGCUCCUCAAGGGAACGAUCCUUACAAUGGCACAUACAGUGCGACAGCAUACGGGCCGUCUUGCCUUCAACAGUCCUCGGGGACUGCAUCACUGCCCUCGAACUUGACUAUGGAGGCGCAAUUGUUCUUGCGAUCCUAUGCACAGAACACGGCCAACAUGACUAAAUCUAACGAGGACUGCUUGACAGUGAACGUCGUCACUCCCUUGGAUGUUAAACCCGGAACCAAGUUGCCAGUCGUUGUAUGGAUCUAUGGUGGCGGCUUCACUGGUGGAUCCAGUUCGACGCAGAAUGGUAGUACCAUUGUUCAGCGCUCUGUUGAGCUGAAUUUGCCGAUCAUCUAUGUCUCAUUGAAUUACCGCACCGGCGCGGUAGGCUUCCCUCAGGGCAGUGAGGCUCGUGCUGCCGGUGUCGGCAAUCUCGGCCUUCGUGACCAAAGACAGGCGUUGCGCUGGGUGCAGAAGUACAUCGAAGCAUUUGGCGGCGACAAGACCAAGGUUACCAUUUGGGGACAGAGUGCCGGCGCCAUCUCGGUUUCUCUCCAGAUGCUCACAAACGAUGGCGAUACUGAAGACCUUUUCCAUGCCGCGUGGAUGCACUCCGGUGCACCUCUUCCUACAGGUCCCAUUGAGAAUGGACAGGAAGCUUGGCUGUCGUAUCUCUACUCGACGAACUGCACAGACGGCCCGGCUGUGUUCGAUUGCUUACGAACAUUGUCCGCCGCCGAUAUUCAGACCGCGAUGAACAACGCAUCUAGCGCUACUUCCGACUGGGUUCCGCGCGAGGACGGCAUCUUCCUCACUUCGCCUCCGGAAUUGCUGGUGUCUCACGGAACCGUAGCAAAGAUACCCACUGUCUCGGGCAAUGUCGAUGACGAGGGCACACUUUUUAUUCUCGGCGCAGAUGCCAUCACGACGGAUGAGCUCUUCGCGUACUACCUCAGCACGCUCUUUCCCGAUAACGAAACGGCCAUAGAAACGUUACUCGAGCUUUACCCAAGUGACCCUGCUGCUGGCGCGCCAUUUGACACCGGGAGUGCUAACACCGUCACGCCCGAGUGGAAACGCUUAGCUGCCCUUUCGGGAGACUUGACGUUCACAGCUCCGCGCCGCUUUUUUGUGCAGACGAUUAGCGACUCUCAAGACACAUGGGUCUUCUUGAGCAAACGCUUCAAGGCUCUGGAUGACUUCGGGUCCUACCAUGCGUCCGACUUGCUCAAUGUCUACGGUCCUGGAGACAUGACCGACUAUCUUGUGCGUUUUGUCACGAAUCAAGAUCCGAAUCGAGGUAGCUCCCAGUCUCAGACCCGUGCUGCCAUAAGCUGGCCGAAGUAUACACGCGAAUCGCCUCAGAUUCUUGAAUUCCUCGAUGGCCAUGUGCGACUUCAGGUAGCGCAGGAUACGUUCCGACAGGCGGCGCUGGCUUAUGACAUUGAUGUGUCCAUGCACAAUACUGCGUAA